AUGGCUCAGUCAAUGAUGAAGAAGAUUGCCAUGAGCAGUGCCUGUGUGUUGGUGGGGAUCACACGUAGGUCUAGCACUCGCAGCCUGACUAUGGGCUGCAAGAACCUGUCUGCUAAGAGGAAGGAGAACAAACUGCCUGAGGAGGGGGAGGUCACAAAGUCAGUGUUUAUGUCCCAAUCCACUGACAUUUACACCAACCUGGCUCUAGAGGACUGGAUGUACCGCAAUAUGGACUUCUCUAACCACCAUGUGAUGAUGGUCUGGAGGAAUGAGCCUUGUGUGGUAAUUGGAAGACACCAGAACCCUUGGUUGGAAGCUAACGUGCCUUAUCUGAGUGAGAGUGAGAUUGCCCUGGCUCGCCGCAACAGUGGCGGUGGUACUGUGUACCAUGAUCGUGGCAACUUAAACAUUACUUUCUUUACUCCAAAAGAGAGGUACGACAGGAAGUACAACCUGGAGCUGAUAACAAGAGCUCUAUACAGAGAAUAUGGGGUCAAGUCUAGCAUUAACGAGCGACAGGACAUCGUUGUACGAGACAAAUACAAAGUGUCUGGUACUGCUGCAAAAGUUGGCCGUUUGACUGCCUAUCAUCACUGCACCCUUCUAGUCAAUGCCAAUAAGGCAGAUCUCAGCAAAGCCCUGGCCAAACGAGAGCAUGGCAUACAGACUAACGCCACGUUGUCGACGCCGUCUCCGGUGGUCAACCUGGGGGAAGUGGACAACCGCGUGACAGUAGACAACCUGCAGACGGCCGUCGGCUACGAAUACCUUCGCACGCCAGCCUUGCACCUCGAGGACGGCGGCCAGAACCAGAUCUCCAAGCAGCGAGGGUUCCAGUUCAUCAACCCGACUGACGCCUGGUUCCCAGGUCUUGAUGAGCUUAAGAACGAGCUGCAAUCGUGGGACUGGUGCUACGGGCGCACUCCCGAGUUCACGGUGAGCCGCGCCUUCCCGGUGCCCGCGGAACUGCUCGUCGAGCCCUCGCGAGUAUACUCUGCGACACAGGAGCUCGUCAUCAACAUGACGGUCGAGAAGGGCCUCAUCAAUGACGUCACUCUGAGCAUCCCGCCCGGUCUGGUAGAAUCCGGAUUCCACGGCGAAGCCACCUUCAUCACCGGCCUCAAAGGCAAGCGGUUCACCUCAGAAGCUCUCGCCGCCCUACAAGACGCGAUGCUCACCAGACACCUCACGUCUGACGUCAAGAAACUCGACGAAAAAGAACAGUUUGUCGCCAAAUGCUUCGAUCAAGUGGUCAAUACUAUGUAAGUGUUCAGUGUAAUCCUAUAGGUGCUAAAGAUUUUAGACUAAGUACCACUACUAUGGACUCUAACAUAGAUGUUUAUCAUUUGGCUGUAAAUUUUGUAUAAAGUUGGGCGGUCUAGAGGCCGGCUUAUGUAAAUACUCUGUAUAUUAAAAUUAUAUUUUUGUUCGUGCAACAAACUAAAUUGUAUCUUACUAUACUUGUGUCCAGCUUCCUAUGCCUACUAACAGAUUUUUCACUUAAUAAGGUCUAUGGUGUUUCUUGUUGUUAUUAACUUUCAACCUGCUUUGUUAUUAUUAUGUGUUCUUUUAGUUUAGUGUAUUAUUUUUAAUUUUUUAGACGCACAGUGUGCUACGGCACUUACAAGAACUAUUAUAGAAUAUUGCUUUGCGAUUUUCACGUCUCAAUAAGGUGUGGUACCACUCUGUGUGUCUAUGCAAAAACACGCGAAUCGCACCUUUGUGCAACGCUACAAGAAUGCAUCAUAUCAUUUGUUUUAAUUAAUUAAAUUAUAAUUUUAUAACUGAUUUUACUUAUCCGUGUAAUGUUACUUAUCAAACAUAUAUAGUGUAGCAUUUAAUUGUAUCAUUGUAUCGUAAAAUAGGCUUCCAAUAACUUGUUAACACAGAGACCAUUUCGUAACCUGCGCCCUUGAUUUUAUAAGAUCUGCCCUAAAGCGGGGACUUUUUUGUAUGAAAUGGAUAUUAUUAUAUAGUUGUAUAAUUACAUUUUAAGUUUUUUUGUAGAAUUAGCUUUAAAUGUGUAUUCGUUGGUUCUUAUCAUCAUCUUUAUAUUGUUUAUACUUUGAUUGUGCGACGAUUUAGAGCAGCUAAAUCAAAUAAGGAACCAUGUAUGGGUAUAUUAAGCAAUAUAUGUACAAUCCCCAAUAUAUUGUUUGGUGAACUUAUGCUGUAAUAAACGCUUAUGAAAAUUUAAAAAA